AUGGAUGGUAAAAUUAACACUCUGCAAGAAAAAUGUAAUGGUUUACAAUUAAUUGUUAAUAAUCAGAAUGUUCCCAUACAAUCACUUCAUCAAUCAUCCUCUUCUAUUACUGAUCAACAUAAUGCAAUAUUAAAAAUCGUUGACAAUCUUACAAUAACAAUUGAUCAUUUAAACAAUAAAUUACCAAGUUGUUUUUCUAAUCAGCAGUUUGAUUCUUUAUCGCUACGAUCACAAAAAAACACUUCUCAAUUAGUCUCAUCAACUUCAACAUCAGAAACAUAUCCAUUACCCAACGAAGAUACUUUGACUAAAGUUCUUUCUCAUCAAAACAGUCAUCCAUCACCAAUUAAAUCACCACCUUCAGCUGUUCCUAUUACGAUCACAGGCAGCAGCAUUAUUCGUAAUUUAUUACCGGGUAUUAUGAAUUAUAAUGGAAAAGACUGUAAUAUAAAAAUAAGAACUAAAGGUGGUGCUUGUAUAAACCACAUCAGUAAUUUAGUUAAAACAAAUAGAAUAGACAAGCAAUUUUCAGACUCUAAACAUGUUAUCAUUUCAACUGGAUCGAUCGAUAUUAAACGUAUUACACCAGAAUCUGCUAUUCAAAAUAUUAGAAGUCUAAUAAGAACGUUCAAAGAAAAAUUCCCGGAUACUUCAUUAGCUUUAUGCACUUUACCAUAUCAAUAUGAUCCUAGUCUUAAACCAAGUCUUCAACAACAAUUAAAUAAAGAUAUUGAAGAUUUUACUUUAUUUCUAUUUUUGGAUUUGUUUUAG